AUGGGCCCUGGACAGGUAAUUUCCAAAUUCGGAAUCCCAGAGUCUGUGAUAUCGUACAACGGGGCGCACUUCUUUCGUAUGGGCCUAGGGAUAAAACGGAGGUUUUUGUCAGUGAAGCGCCCACAGACCAAUGGCCAAGUUGAAGCCGCAAAUAAAGUCAUCCUCCAAGGCCUCAAGCAACGACUCGACCAAAAAAAGGGAACGUGGACAAACAAACUCACGUCGGUCCUAUGUUCCUAUAGAACAACACCCCAAUCCUCCACCAGGAAAAGUCCUUUCCGACUUACCUAUGGGGUUGACGCAGUGAUUCCUAUAGAGGUGGGGGUGCCGAGUCCACGGUUACUCCUGGGUAGAGUCGAGGAAGCCAUAGAAAAGGACCUGGUCGAUGAGACCAGGGAAAUGGUGUACUUGUCUGAGACGGCACUGAAGUAG